CAUCUCCAACACCUUCCGCCGCCCUCCUCGCACCCUGUCUUGCUUUUGCAUCUGUGCGCCAGCCAAUUUCCUCACAAAGCCGCAGACAUCACAAAUCUGGAGCGUCGUCUACACAGCGCUCCUCCAGCAAUCGAAGAGGAAGGGCGACUGCGCAUCCGCAAGCGGCCUCCCGUGGUACAUUCAGCUGGUUUUGAGGCUGCGCAGUGGUGCGGCGGCGAGGGAACACUGCUCGCCAUCUGCACCCAACCUGGUCUGUCUGAUCGCCGCAUGCAAUCGCGCGUCCGGGCACGAAUAUGCUAGGUUCGGCCACCACCGCGACUCCUUCGCUGCACACUGCAACCACGAGCGCAACGCCUUCUUCGCCCACCCGCCCGAGUCGACUGCGCGGCCUGUCGUACCUGCGCAACUACACCCACAACCACCUGCACCGCUCCGAGCAGCAGCAGCAGCAGCAGCCCCCUCCACCUCUCACGCGCUCGACCUCAUCUCCGCUCGGUCUGCCAUUCUCGCCGUCGAGGAGUGCCACGCCGACGCAGCCUCCGCCGUCGACUUCGGAGCGGGGUACGCAGCAGCAUUCUGCCGCUCCUGCCUCCACCAUACAAUCCGGCGAGCACGGCUGGAUUCCAACCACGCAUUCUGCGCAGCUGACCUCCACCAAUACCAUCUCGGCAGUCCCAGAGCCAAACAUCACGAGUACAGUCGACAGCAUGACCCGGUCGAGGACGUCGCCAUUUGGCCCCACUGCUUCCAAUACUUCCGCUCGCCGAACUUCCGGACCUGAGCUGCCUGAGAUUGCCGCAAUGCCUUCUGCCAUGCCCGACUCCACGACAGCCACGCCGGGCCCGAGCAAAGAGUCCCUCCCCACCAUUCGCUUCAUUCCACACGUCGAAACCCGCUCGUCACGGCCCUCGCUCCACUUCAACGCACUUUCCCGCCAACUUAAGACGCCUGACGGCAAGGUCAAAGUCGGCCGCUACAGCGAGCGUGACAGCAACACGAGCGAUGUGGUGGGUUUCAAGUCGAAAGUGGUGAGCAGAAGACACUGCGAAUUCUGGUGCACCGACGGGCAGUGGUAUGUCAAGGAUGUCAAAUCGAGCUCAGGCACUUUUCUCAACCACGUCCGUUUGUCGAGCCCUGGCGUCGAGAGUCGUCCCUACCCCGUGAACGAUGGAGAUGUUGUGCAGCUCGGCAUAGACUUCAAAGGUGGAGAAGAGGUAAUCUUCAGAUGCGUCAAGAUCCGCAUUGAAUGCAACCGUGGCUGGCAAAAGAGCUUGAACAACUUCAACACGUCUGCACACAAGCGACUGCUGAACAGCGCCAAAAACACCCCGAAAUCCAAAGUACGCGAUUCCGAUGCCGCUAGUGUCAACAGCUCCGAGUGCUCCAUCUGCUUGAACCCAGUGGCGCCCUGUCAAGCGCUUUUUGUGGCUCCAUGCAGUCAUGUUUGGCACUACAAAUGCAUUCGAGGUCUUAUCCACGGACCCAACUAUCCCAAUUUCUUGUGCCCCAACUGCCGCUUUGUGGCGGACCUGGAGGCAGAGGUCGAGCAGCCAGAAGAAGAGAUGUUCGAAAAUUUCACAGAUGCCGAUGCACAGGCCAAUGGAGGCGGAGAGACUCCGAACGGAAACAGAAAUGACGAACCUGGUGACAGUGAGGAGCAGCAUACGUCUGAUUCAGCGCCCGAUACGGGUGACAGAUCACAGGACGGAGAUGUGGAUGAGGACCUCUCGAGAAUGCUCAACGAUACUUCGAUAAGCUCGCCCACUGCCCAGGCGAAAUCAGCAACCAGAGCUGAUCGGUCGAGCUCCUCUGCGCUGCCAGUGCCCAGUUCAUCACAGCCCAUCAACAUCUCGCGAUCCCGAUCCGGUCAGCGAUCUCCCAGCGAUUCUAAUGGAGCGCGCUCAACCACGCCGACUUCUCAUGCGCCGUUCGCGCUGUCGGCAGGGCCCUCGGUCGUCACAGAAGGCCCGAUGACGCCACGUAACGACGCCGGCCCGUUUGUACUCGAUGGCAGCGCGGGUCGAGAUCGGAUAGACAGCAAUCUGGCUACGCAAGCCGUCGCUGAGGUCAGCGAGCCAGCCUCUCCCGAAGAGAUUUCGGCGAGGAACUGGCCAUUGUGAAGAGACGACAUUCAUCAGGCGAAUUCUCUUGGAACGAGCAGUAAAUCGAGGCACAAUGUUUAAUGAUAUCGUGGGCAGGCGCGCUUGGAGUGCAGUCGGAUCGCAUUGGGUUUAUUGGCAUUUUGAGCGAUCGAGCGGGCAUUGAGCGUCUUCUCCUUCUUCCUUCGUCUUUCGUCGUUGCAUUGGGUUUCGCAGAGCUGCUGAUACGAAUUCUCUUAGUGGAUAACGGUAUUAAACGUCAAAUUACUCCGCAACCGGAUGUCCAUCCCAGCCCUAGCGUUCGAGAUCACAAAG